CCGCCAAUAAACAGAAGAAGAAGAAGAAGAUCGACACAGCCGCUCGAGUCCGGAGAACUGAAACUGAAAUUCAACGGUUUUGCAGAGCCUCAGCCGGUAAAACGUGCUACUCAUCCCGGCUCGCGCGUCUUCUAGCUUGUUCUAGUUCACAUGCUGGUUUUUAAAUACAACUACUGGUAACUUUAAACAAGCGGAGCUGAGCGAUCACCAAAGCCCUUCCUUCAACGUUUACUUUCCGGUUUUUCAACUUCAGACGUGAUUCUACCACGUGUCAACAUGCCUCAGAAGCGGCGCUCGCAGUCGUGGACGGUGCUCAAACAAGCCGGUAACGAGUGCUUCAGAGCCGGUCAGUAUGGAGAAGCCGUGAACCUCUACAGCCAGUCCAUCCAGCUGCUGGAGAAGUCUGGUCAGAAGAACAAGGAAGAUCUGGGUAUUUUACACUCCAACAGGGCCGCCAGUUACCUGAAAGAUGGAAACUGCAGUGAAUGCAUUAAAGACUGCACAACGUCUCUUGAACUGGUUCCAUUUGGAUUUAAAGCUCUGCUUCGCCGGGCGUCAGCUUAUGAAGCCUUGGAGAGAUACAGACAGGCGUAUGUGGACUACAAAACUGUUUUACAGAUAGACUGGAACAUACCGGCUGCUCACGAUGGCGUCAACAGAAUGACCAAGGCUUUGACGGAUAUAGACGGACCAUCUUGGAGAGAGAAACUGCCUCCGAUUCCCACCGUUCCGAUGUCUGUGAAAGAAAGCCUGGCGCAAGCUGCCAGCUCGGCCCCCAGCCCACAACAAAACAGCACGAUUGACAACAAGAAAAAAGCACCAGGACCUGAAGCUGCUAAAAAGGCCAAGGCUCUGAAGGAAGAAGGCAAUGCGUUUGUGAAAAAGGGCCAACACAAGAAAGCCGUGGAGAAGUACAUGCAGUCACUCAGUCAGGACCCCACAGAGGUCACAACCUACACAAACCGGGCUCUCUGCUACCUGUCAUUGAAGAUGUACAAAGAAGCUAUUAGCGACUGCGAUGAGGCUCUUCGAUUGGAUUCCGCCAACAUUAAAGCUUUUUAUCGACGUGCCCAGGCAAACAAGGAACUCAAAAACAAGAAAUCUGCUAUUGAAGAUCUUAACAGUGUGCUCAAAAUAGAGCUUAACAACACGGAGGCGCAGAAACUAUUGCAGGAAGUACAGAAGAUGAAAUAACCAUGAUUGUACAGUGAGGAAACUUUCCCCAAGUGCCUCGAGCUCUCAAAGCUGCAAAGUUUGCUACAGACUUUAGAUAUGCACAUCAUAAUGCUAUUUUAAAUCUAGGAAAUAAUUUGAGUGUUCGUGUUCACAUAAGCACAUUUGACCGGGUGUAUUGUCAUUAAUAAGGCAAUCAAGUUUCUUUCUGAAACUCCACCUGUGUGUCUGAGAUCAAACUUGUUCUGGUAAUCACACUUGUUCAUUUAAUUAGUCUUUAAUCGAAUGCUAUGUUGAUUUAGCAUGUGAUUUUAAUGUGUCUUUUUCAUUGCACAUAUAACUGACUGUCUUUCAGACAAAAUUUUAAUUCCCGCUUCACUUUAGAUAGAAUUAGGGCUGCAUUUUCUACAAAAUGUUUUUAUUUACUUUUUUUGUGCAAAGAUAUUGUAUUGUGGGUUAAUUACUGUUACAACCAAUUAAUGUUUAUAUACAUUUGUAAAGACUUGACACCUGUAUUUAUUGAUGUUUCAUAUGGCAUUUUGCAUCAAGACAACGUAAACGGGUCUUUAUUUUAUUGAAAUAAUGUGCUGUAUGCACGUGGUAAUAAAAGAGAAUGUUCAGGAAUAUUGUAUUUUUUCAUCCUGUAAACUGAGAUGUAAUGCUAUGAUCAGUGAUGUCUUUUUUUGUAGGAAUUAGCAAUAUUAAAAAGACCUAAAACUGUAAAUGCUAUGUAUACAGGUAGCAUAACUGAAUGACAGCAAAACAAAGCUCUAUCAUGACAGAUGCUGUCAAUGACCAAUUUCAAAUUGUUCCUCAGUUUACAAACAAAAGUUGAGUUAUUUGAACUGUAAAUAU